GUUGGUUAUUUACCCCGUUUGCCACUGAGUCCUCCGCAAGCCAUCUUUCGCGACAUGGCGACACCCACGGCCACGCCCACGCACGACACGAGACAGAGAUGAGGACGACGACGGCGAUCAGGAUCAGGGUUUGAGCACGGACCCCCUCCAUCGCCCGCCCCAAUCUCUUCCUCCCCCGUCAGCAACCCUUGCAGUCUCUGCUAUCGUCAGGCCGCACGCGAUCAAAGCCCCGCCGCGCUGCGGCCAACCGUCUCCGGCACCGGAUCCGCUGCCUCCCCCCUCCAGGAUGGCGAUGAUGAGCCGGACGCGGGACCUGCUGGUGGAGGGGUUCGAGGGGCUUGUGCGGGAUGGGUCGUUCAAGUGGGGCCCCCGCCGCGGGGACACGGCCCUGGACGACGGCGACGACGACGACGGCUCCCUCUCCGUGCAGCGCUCCUCCAUCCCCGGCCUUUCCUUCAAGGCCAACGCCGUCGUCGCCCGCUGCUCUAGGAUCCUUGGCGUUUCUAUCAACGAUCUGCGAAGUAACUUUGAUAAGCAAGCAUCUGAUUCCGUAAAGCAACAAAGAAGCUACGCAAGAAACUUUUUGGAGUACUGCUGCUUCAUGGCACUUGCUCAGAUAUCACAAGUCACAGGGUAUCUUGCUGACAAAAACUUUCGCCGCUUAUCUUUUGACAUGAUGCUAGCUUGGGAGGUCCCCUCUUCCUCAAGCCAGCUCACUGUUAAGGUUGAGGUAGAUAGCACAGUUAGCUUAGAAGCUUUUACAAGAAUAGCACCUGCCAUCCCAACCAUUGCUGAUGUAGUAACUUGUGCAAAUCUCUUCGAUGUACUUUCAUGUUCGACCGGAGGCCGUCUUUCAUUUUCUGUAUACGAGAAGUACCUUUCAGAAUUGGACAGAGCGGUUAAAAAGAUGAAGACACAAUCUGAGUCGUCACUUCUAUCAAACUUUCGGUCUCAGAGAGGAGAAAGGAUUCUGGAAGUUGAUGGGACAUUGACAACACAACCAGUACUUGAACAUGUGGGUAUUUCAACAUGGCCAGGAAGAUUAAUACUCACAGAUCAUGCUCUUUACUUCGAAGCUCUUCGGGUUGUUACCUAUGAUAAGCCCAAAGUUUAUGAGCUUGCAGAAGAUUUGAAGCAGGUCGUUAAACCUGAGCUGACUGGUCCAUGGGGUUCACGUCUCUUUGACAAAGCUGUUAUGUACAAAUCAACAACCUUAACAGAGCCUGUGAUCAUAGAAUUUCCGGAGUUGGCUGGCCAUUCCCGUCGAGAUUAUUGGCUGGCCAUUAUAUCAGAAGUACUUUAUGCCCAUAGAUUUAUUAGGAAAUUUGAUAUAAGUGGAGUUGACAAAGAGGAUACAAUUCUGAAAGCAGUACUUGGUAUUCUGCGGUUAGAAGCCAUUGAAGAGUUACAUUUUGAAGUUCCAAAUCGAUAUGAAUCGCUUUUGAUGUUCAAUCUAUGUGACAAACUUCCUGGAGGUGAUGUAAUACUUGAAACAUUAGCCAGUUCUAUAUCAUCAAGAACUUCAGAUCGAACUAACCAACCUGGCACAAGUAGAGGAAUGCAUGCUGUCCUGUCAAACCUGGGUGUGGUAUCACCAGUUAAUAGUGGUGAGAGAUUGUUUGUUGGUGAGAUAGUUGUUGGGGGAAUCAGUGCCUUGCAGAAGGCUGUUACUGACUCAAUGAACAACUAUAAGAAGGUUGAACUGGCCCAAGCCUCGGUUGAUGGAGUCAAAGUUGAUGGGCUUGAUACAAACUUAGCAGUAAUGAAGGAAUUGUUAUCCCCGGUAAGUGAGCUUUGGAGGAUUUUGCUAUUGCUCACAUCAUGGGAUGAGCCUAUGAAGUCCAUGGUGUUUUGCUUUCUAUUCUCUUACAUUAUCAUCAGGGGGUGGGUAGUCUAUUUUAUUGUCACGGUGCUAUUGUUUUCAGCAACGUUUAUGUUUCUCACAAGAUUAACUAAUCAAGGAAAGCAAAUGAGUGAGGUAAAGGUGGUAUCCCCACCUCCAUUGAACACAAUGGAGCAGCUCCUAGCUGUUCAGAAUGCCAUUUCUAAAAUUGAGGAGCUCGUCCAGGAUGCAAAUAUUGUUCUUCUGAAGAUAAGAGCUCUAUUGUUGGCUUUUCCAUCCCAGGCGACGGACAAAGCUAUUCUGGCACUGGUACUGAUGGCUCUGUGCCUUGCCAUCGUUCCCACAAGAGUGCUUCUGCUGCUGGUGUUUGUGGAGGUAUCCACGAACCACUCACCACUACGAAAAGCAACCACAGAAAGGUGUACCAGAAGGUUGAGAGAGUGGUGGUUCAGCAUACCUGCAGCUCCAGUGGUGGUGGAGAAGGAGAAAGAAGACAAGAAGACAAGAUGAGAUCUGUGUAUAUAUAUCCAAUGUAAUCUUGUGUCUCCUGCUUGGCUGAUGCAUUGUGUGAUGUAUCAGCCACUGCCCACCUCUGUACAAAGACUGCUAUAUCAACAGCGAGGGCAAAUUCAAUGGAGAUUUGCUCUCACUUAUCUCAGUUGCCCUGUUUACACGAAUCAUAGGCUAGUCUCAAUGGUGAGUUUUUUUCUCACUUAUAUCAGCCAAUGUUUUGUUGGAAAAUGGAAAUUGACUAGAGCCGAUGCCAAUGUGAGUCGCCAUUAACACGUUCCUUUCGUUGGGUUGGACA